AUGGACAGAAAAGCGCUGCGGUGAUUUUAACCAUAUUAAUUGUGAUGUUUUAAAGCUUCAGCUGUCAGCUCUGAGAGUCUUAUUGUCCGAGUAAAGCGCAUUUAUACACAGAAGAGCAGCACAAACGCUUAUUCUGCUCUCUGUAUCGUCAUUCAGCUCAUCAGAAACACCAAUUCAGACACUAUAAACUCCUGCUGAAGUGAAUGCAAACAUGGCGUUUAUUAAACAGGAGAGUGAAGACAUCAGGAUUGCAGACGUGUUCACACUGAAACAGGAAGAUCCUGAGAGGACUGAAGAAACAUUCAGAGUCAAACAUGAAGAUCCUGAGCAGCUAACAGACCUGAAGCCACCAAAAGUGGAGGAUGAAGAAGAGGAUGAGUUUGAUCUCAUGACUAUAGUCGAGUCUAUACGGGCUGAAAGGACUGCUUCAUCAGCAAACGCUGAAAGGGAAGAAACUCCAAGCAUCUUCACCUGUCAGGAGUGUAGAAUAGGCUUCAGUAAAGAAACAGACUUUGACGCUCACAUGAGAAAACACGCCAGAAAAAGGCGCUAUAAUUGCUCUCAGUGUGGAAAGGGGUUCAGUCUGAUCGGACUCCUCAACAGGCACAUGACCGUUCACACCGGAGAGAAACCCUUCACCUGUGAGCAGUGUGGAAAGAGCUACAGCACAAAGUUCAGCUUUACCAACCACCUGAACACUCACUCCGGAGAGAAGCCGUACAAAUGCUCUCACUGCGGGACGAGAUUCAAGACCUAUGGCUCCAAGUAUUCCCACAUGAAAACCCACACCCUGAAAUACAAAUGCUCCCAGUGCGAAAGGUCUUUCAGUCAGAGAGCAAACCUCGAAACCCACUUAAGAGUUCACACUGGAGUGAAACCCUUCACCUGUGUGCUGUGUGGAAUGAGCUUCACCUCUAAAUACAGUCAGGAGUCUCACCUGAGCACUCACGCUGAAGCACAGCCCUUUAUCUGUGCUCAGUGCGGGAGGCGUUUCACUAGAGAGAGUUACCUCCGGCGGCACACGAAGGUUCACGCGGUAGAGAAGACGUUUAAAUGUGGCCAGUGUGGAAAGGGUUUCAUGGUCAAAAGAAAUUAUCAGUAUCACAUGACGAUUCACAUCAAGGAGAGGUUGUUCCCCUGUGAUCAGUGUGGAAAGAGGUUUUCGCAUCAACUGAGCCUGAACGCCCAUAAGAGACUCCACAGACAGAACUAUUUAACCUGUCAGCACUGUGGAAAGGGUUUCAAUGAUAGAGUCAUGCUUAAGGUCCACAUGACAAUCCACACCGGAGAGAGACUCUACAAGUGCGGCCAGUGUCAGAAGAGUUUCAGACAUCGCGCUGGCCUACACAGACACAUGAAGGAUCAUGCCGGAUAAACCUGUGUUAAAGAAUAUGUAAGAAGAAAUGGUCGAAGUAGAGACGCACUUACUGAAUUAAUGUGAUGGGACGCAUUAAUGGACCAAGCAGCACACGUUUCCAGCACAGUGUAAAGCAUCUGAUGUGUUGUUUAGCUCAUUUCUGAAACGCCUCAGCCAAAGUCUGUCACCACAGUGCUUCAGUAUUAUAUUGAUUAUUCCCUUCACAAUACACUGUGGAAAUCAGUAUUGGCAGUAACUCUUAACGGAAGUGCAGAGGCAGCUCAAAGUCAUGUGACCCAAAUCAUCAAACAUAUUGAGACACACUAGUGCGCUAAUUCAUUACGUAACAAGACGCUAAGCUUCUGCUGCGGUCACACUAGAGUUUGAGCUUGCGAAAUUCUGUCGUCUGGCACUGCAAAAAGGGGCGGGAUUAAACAAUAUGAUUAGAUAUUAAUAAAGCGAGCGAUUGCUCCAUGUUUUAAAGUUCUGUCCAGAGAGGUCCUGCGUUGAUCCUCGAUUGGUCUCACGCAGUCAAGUGAUGCGAUUUCACAGGUCAGAGUUCACCAAGCUUGAACUUUCCUAUGCAGUGACCUGCGAAACUUGCAGCACGAGCUUGCGUUUCCGGUCUGACGCAUUCGCGUGCAUUUGAAUGGAAGUCUAUGACGGGAGAAACGUCUACCUACUGAUUCACCACCUUGGGAGCUAGGUUGCUAAUUGAGACAACCUUAGGGGCUGAUCACACCGUCUGAUGCGCCUCGCGUUUUUACUAUUGCACGAUGUGCGCUCGCAGUUGAAAAAAGUCACCUCUGAGCGGGAAACGUGUUACGUCAGUGACGUCUUUUUCAUUCUCCAAUCAAAUGAAAGCAGAGGCGGGGUUUCUGUUGAGUGACAGCAGUGUUUGGGAUAUCAAGACGACUACAGAGACUUUUAAAGAUGGAGGAGAGACUAGCGGUCGCUGUUUUGAGUUAUCUGGAGCUGAAGGACUUACAGAUCUAUAUAAUAUCACAAUAUUGUUAAAUAUUAAUUAUAUUAAUAUCAACAGCAACACUCGAACAAUAUGCAGCUGACUCAGUCGUUGCCUAUCGACAUUAAAAGCCCACCACGCUCCUCUUAUUUCUUGCCUCAUUUUUUGGGACGUAAAGACGUGUUCGGUGUGAUCAGCCCUACUCUGACACCAGGUCACCCCUGAUCGACCCCUGAUCAGGUUCGCUUAGUU